CCAACAAUACAAACAUCGUUAAAGUAAAUGUCGAUGGAAAUUGGCGGCAACCCCUUCUUUAACAAAUACUAUAACUCGCUCAAGAAAUUUAGUAUGAAGACGUAUUGCAGCAGCCUAGCACACCACAUCUUCUCCAAUGUUGGCUACAUCAACACUUCGAACAGCAGAGCCUUGAAGAGCACCAUCAUCGAUAUUGAUUUUGCGCGGCAACAGCACCAGUCCAGCCCGCAUGAGCCUCAGUCAAGGACGAAUCUUCCCCUCCACCUGACCCUAGCAGCCUCAGUCCACGACGACCCUCCACUCGACCUGACCCUAGCGCCUUCACCUUGACCUACGGCCUCAAAAGGUCAGCUUUGUUGAACGAUUCCAUUCUGCAGGAAAUUCUGAGCACGUUGAGUUCUCGUGCACUGUUCUCAACAACUGCAAUGUCCUUGUUGAGUGAACCACACUCGAGCCUGAGUUAGUUCAGCUUGAGAGCCGGGAUAGGAACAAGUGUUCAAGACACGAGGAGUUAUAGCAAAGGUUAUGUUAAAGCUAACAAUCAGUUCUGGCUGUUGGACACCAGAAAGAAUAUCAAAACAAUAAAAAGUUGGAUAACUUGUACAAAGGCAGUAACAACUUUGUUUUGAACACUCAUGGUACAUCCCUGGGCAUGCCUCAGGCGUGAAUUCUGACAUCUGAAAUGAGGUGCUAAAGGUUUACCCAUCAGGGUUUGUUACUUUGCACUCCAAGCCCAAUUGGCCACACAUUGAAUUGGCAAUA